AUGUGCAGAGAGCCAGUCGUGGGCCAUGGAUGGCCCAUGGGUGUGUAUCUUGGAAGCUCCUACGGAUUUGCAGCGCUAUGCCAUGCCAUGGUCAAUGAUCCAUCGAAAGGCCCUUUGAUUUUGCAUGGGUACGGCGUGGGAUGCACAGCAACGCCAACGCCAACGACAGGUGCAUGGGGAGUGGUCGGAAUGGGAGCUUGGAGAUGGGAGAUGGUCAAGAUCCAUUGGAACGGAGACACGGUAUCUGCCGCUUUGUACCGCGGUAAGGUACCGCAGUUGCAGUCGCGAAAGGAAGUUUUGGUUGUGGGUUACAGCCAGGUGCGAUCCCUGGCAUCUCCACUGCCCGCUUACGUUAUCAUUACAGGCCGGCUCGUACUUACCCUAGCCCACUGCCUCCACCGGCUGGGCACGUUAGUCCUUCGAGGUGAUCCUGAUGCUUGGGUAAUCAUCUUUGGGUUCCGUCAAGCUAAGGGAUCUCAACCUGCCACUCUUCUGACCGGCCUGGGUUUUGCCGUCGCCAUCUAUUUCAUUGUUUCUGUAUGUCUACUAUUCAUUUCCCUUCUCCAUUUCGUCCCUCUACUACUCCGUACGGAGUAUUCGACUUCCAUCACCAAGCCACCACCACCUGGCAUCAAGUACGGAUACCUAUUCGCGCCGGCCUCACCCAGCUUGCAAGACGCAAAGACACCAGUAUCCCCAACACUCGACUGGCUUCAAUACCCUGCCGACGAGCCCCCGUAG